AAUUCAGAAGGAAUGCAGUAGUGUAUAAUGCAACAGGUUCACUCGCGUUUUUGUUUUCCUUCCUUAAAAAGAAAGCUUUAGUUUAAAAGCUUUUUAAGCUUGUAGGUAAAAACGUUUUUAUUUUUUUUAAUGCUGCAACUCUUUAAAAGCUAAAUCUGUGAAGAAAGUGAAAGUUGGUUUACUGCUUCUGAAUGUCUUCAGGAACGUGCUCAGUAGUUCUGUUUUUCUGCACAGAGACACCAAAGUGAUACCAGCUGAAGUCCAAAAACUGCGUGAGCAUCAUGUCUAAUAAAAGGAAAAGGUCAGAAUGCUUCCUGGGAUUUGUUGCCAUUCUGCUCAUUUAUAUGCAGAUGGUGAACUCACAAGGACCUCUUGAAUUUUCUGACAUGCUAUUGGAGUUUAGCGACACAGAUGGCUACAAAAGGGAAAAACGAGAUGUGAGCACGGAUAUACUAGAAUACAUUAUAAUCAUAGAGGUGAAUGUGUCACAAGCCAUUUAUUUGGAACAAAUCAGAUCGUUUCUGGAGUCCACCAGCGCUAUUCAAAUAGACAAUACCACAGAAAUUGAUAGCAUGAACAUUACAACAGUGUGCGGUUUGAAUGGUACUGAAUAUCAGUGCAGGUGUGAGGAUCAGUAUUUCUGGCCGUGUGAAAAGUGCACACUGUAUGGAUCUUGUAAUAACGUCACCAAUUCCUCAUGUGACUGCAUCAGUGCUCUUCCAAAUGAUGGAAACUUCUGCCAACCAAUCAGUGAGCUGAAUAACUCUACAUGUCCAGACACCUUUCCAGCUGAUUAUCUGAUUGAGUUUGAGAUGGAUUUACCUUUCCUGCAUGAUUUGUGGAACAAUUUGGGGACAAUCAAUUUUACCUCAAUAGAAACUGACUUCAGUAUCACUGACAUUAACCUCACUACAGCGUGCUCAUGGGAUCGUACUGAAUAUCAGUGCAGUUGUGUGGAAGAGUAUUUUUGGCCAUGUGAAAAGUGCACACUAAAUGGAUCUUGUAAUGUCACCAAUUCCUCAUGUGGUUGCAUGGAUUUACUUCCAUAUGAUGGAAACCUCUGCCAACCAAUCAACGAGCUGAUAAAUAACGCUGUAUGCCCAGCUGAACCACUCUCAGCUGAUUUUCUGAUUGAGUUUGAGAUUAGCGCUGUAGAUGCAACAGUCCUGAGUCAAGUGAGGAACAUUUUGGAGAAUACUAGUUUACCCUUAAUAAACAGAAACGUCAAUAUCACUGACAUUAACAUCACUACAGUGUGCAGUUUGAAUGGUACUGAAUAUCAGUGCAGGUGUGAGGAUCAGUAUUUCUGGCCGUGUGAAAAGUGUACACUAUAUGGAUCUUGUAAUAACGUCACCAAUUCCUCAUGUGGCUGCAUCAACUCUCUUCCAAAUGAUGGACACUUCUGCCAACCAAUCAGUGAGCUGAAUAACUCUACAUGCCCAGCUGAACCACUCUCAGGUAAAUCUACUCCAAUAACUACCACAAGAUGUGCAGAAUCUCAUCAGUGUUCCUGUACUUUUUACGAACAUGUUAUACUUAAAUGCAAUUUCUCUCACUUUUCCCCAGCUGAUUAUCUGAUUGAGUUUGAGAUUAGCGCUGUUGAUGAAACAGUCCUGAGUCAAGUGAGGAACAUUCUGGAGACAACCAGUUUACCAUUAAUAUAUAGAAACAUCAAUAUCACUGACAUUAACAUCACUACAGUGUGCAGUUUGAAUGGUACUGAAUAUCAGUGCAGGUGUGAGGAUCAGUAUUUCUGGCCGUGUGAAAAGUGUACACAAUAUGGAUCUUGUAAUAACGUCACCAAUUCCUCAUGUGGCUGCAUCAACGCUCUUCCAAAUGAUGGACACUUCUGCCAACCAAUCAGUGAGCUGACUGAUUAUCUGAUUGAGUUUGAGAUUAGUGCAGUAGAUGAAACAGUCCUGAGUCAAGUGAGGAACAUUUUGGAGACAACCAGUUUACCAUUAAUAUAUAGAAACAUCAAUAUCACUGACAUUAACAUCACUACAGUGUGCAGUUUGAAUGGUACUGAAUAUCAGUGCAGGUGUGAGGAUCAGUAUUUCUGGCCGUGUGAAAAGUGUACACUAUAUGGAUCUUGUAAUAACGUCACCAAUUCCUCAUGUGGCUGCAUCAACACUCUUCCAAAUGAUGGACACUUUUGCCAACCAAUCAAUGAGCUGACUGAUUAUCUGAUUGAGUUUGAGAUUAGUGCAGUAGAUGAAACAGUCCUGAGUCAAGUGAGGAACAUUUUGGAGACAACCAGUUUACCAUUAAUAUAUAGAAACAUCAAUAUCACUGACAUUAACAUCACUACAGCUGAUUAUCUGAUUGAGUUUGAGAUUAGUGCAGUAGAUGAAACAGUCCUGAAUCAAGUGAGGAAUAUUCUGGAGACAACCAGUUUACCAUUAAUAUAUAGAAACAUCAAUAUCACUGACAUUAACGUCACUACAGCUGAUUAUCUGAUUGAGUUUGAGAUUAGUGCAGUAGAUGAAACAGUCCUGAGUCAAGUGAGGAAUAUUCUGGAGACAACCAGUUUACCAUUAAUAUAUAGAAACAUCAAUAUCACUGACAUUAACAUCACUACAGUGUGCAGUUUGAAUGGUACUGAAUAUCAGUGCAGGUGUGAGGAUCAGUAUUUCUGGCCGUGUGAAAAGUGUACACUAUAUGGAUCUUGUAAUAACGUCAUCAAUUCCUCAUGUGGCUGCAUCAAUGCUCUUCCAAAUGAUGGACACUUUUGCCAACCAAUCAGUGAGCUGACUGAUUAUCUGAUUGAGUUUGAGAUUAGUGCAGUAGAUGAAACAGUCCUGAGUCAAGUGAGGAAUAUUCUGGAGACAACCAGUUUACCAUUAAUAUAUAGAAACAUCAAUAUCACUGACAUUAACAUCACUACAGCUGAUUAUCUGAUUGAGUUUGAGAUUAGUGCAGUAGAUGAAACAGUCCUGAGUCAAGUGAAGAAUAUUCUGGAGACAACCAGUUUACCAUUAAUAUAUAGAAACAUCAAUAUCACUGACAUUAACAUCACUACAGCUGAUUAUCUGAUUGAGUUUGAGAUUAGUGCAGUAGAUGUAACAGUCCUGAGUCAAGUGAGGAAUAUUCUGGAGACAACCAGUUUACCAUUAAUAUAUAGAAACAUCAAUAUCACUGACAUUAACAUCACUACAGUGUGCAGUUUGAAUGGUACUGAAUAUCAGUGCAGGUGUGAGGAUCAGUAUUUCUGGCCGUGUGAAAAGUGUACACUAUAUGGAUCUUGUAAUAACGUCACCAAUUCCUCAUGUGGCUGCAUCAACACUCUUGCAAAUGAUGGACACUUCUGCCAACCAAUCAGUGAGCUGAAAAACUCUACAUGUCAAGCAAACACCUUCCCAGAUGAUUAUUUGAUUGAGCUUGAGAUUGAUUUACUUUUCCUGUAUGAUUUGUGGAACAAUUUGGAAACAGUCAAUUUAAACUCACUAGAAAUUGACUUCAAUAUCACUGACAUUAACAUCACUACAGUGUGCUUAUGGGAUGAUGCAAAAUAUCAGUGCAAGUGUGUGGAAGAGUAUUUUUGGCCAUGUGAAAAGUGUACACUAAAUGGGUCUUGUAAUAACGUUACCAAUUCCUCAUGUGGUUGCAUCGAUUUACUUCCAUAUGAUGGAAACCUCUGCCAACCAAUCAUCGAGCUGCCAAAUAACUCUAAAUGCCCAGCUGAACCACUCUCAGCACCAACUUCACCAGCCACACCCACCUCACCAUCCACACCCACCUCACCAGCCACACCUACCUCACCAUCCACACCCACCUCACCAUCCACACCCACCUCACCAGCCACACCCACCUCGCCAGCCCCACCCACCUUACCAGCCCCACCCACUUCACCAGCCACACCCACCACACCAGGCACACCCACUUCACCAGCCACACCCAGCUCUACAAAUAUAACCACCAAAACCUCAGCAUCCACCUCAACUACUACAAUUCAAUCCAAAGUAACCAUAAGCAGCACAACUGCAACUAUCCAAAGAUUAAGCUUCUCGCUAGUAAUAAAUGAAAAUUUUCACUUUGAACUCACUAACAAAUCCAGUACAAAACACAAUACAUACAAAGCAACAAUCGAGAAUUCGAUUAAUAAAAGCUACAGUACUGUACCUGGAUAUAAGGCCAACUCUGCAACAUUGACUGACUUCAGACCUGGCAGUGUAAUUGCAGACUUCACUAUUGAAGCAACAAGUGCUAACCUUGAUUUGGUGUCAGCAAACCAAAACCUUGCUAGUAGUCUCCGUUCCCAGGGAUUUAAUGUGAGCGAUAAUGCAUUCAGUUACAGUGUAAAAGAUGGACUAUAUCAAAGCAGUGGCAAUAUAUAUCCUGGGACAAAUCUCAAACUGACCUGCAAUUCACCAGUGCUUACUGGCAUAAAAUGGACCCUGAAUGGGGCUCCAUUACCCGAAUCAAGUAAUAUCCUUCUACUUAAUAAUGCCACUCCCAGUGACAGUGGUAAAUAUGCCUGCACAACAAUAGUAAACUCUCUGCCCUAUGUUAUCUGGCAAAUCAUUACAAUUCAGCCAUACCCCAACAUCCAAGUGAGCAGUGACAAAACUGUACGAUGUAAUGAUGCAACAAUUCCACUGCAGUGUUGUGUUCAGGUGGUGUAUCAAGUGGAAUGGAGCACAGCUUGCAGCUCAACUUCAACAGACCCAACGACAGGCUGCAUAUUAUGUAACUAUUCAAUUAAUCAACAGCAGUGCCUGAGUAGUGACCAAAAAUUACAGGUCUCAUGUCAACUCAAAGCUCCAAACAGUGGAAGUACAACUCCAUCUUACAGCUCAAAGAAUAUCACACUAAAUGUAAUAAACAAACAAUUUGACUGUUCUGAUUCUGUAUUUGGAGCUGGAAUUCAAGGAGAAAAACAGAAGGGAGACUGCCGUAUAAACAUGGUUGGCUAUCAGAUAGCUGAGUGUAAUGCAUCAAAAUGGAUCCCCAUAGAAAACCACUGUGUCCUUCAUAUCUUUGCCAUUUUAAAAGAAGAAGCUGAGACUGUACCAUUAGAAAACAUCCCACAGUUUAUGUCAAACAUCAGCAGUAAUGCUACAUCAGCGAUUAAAAACAUCAUAGAUUCUCCAUCUACCAUAUUAACAAUUGUAGAAACACUGAAAACCAUUUCCAGUCGCUGUCAAACGAUUUCAGUUGAUCAACCUGUUAUGAAGGAUUUCCUAACAACAACUGAUGUCAUUGGAUCAGAAGGUGCACAAGAUACGUGGGUGUUUUUAAACAAGAACAGUACAACAAUGAAUGCCAGUUCUGUACUUCUGAACUCAACUGAGAGCAUUGCACGCAGACUUUUGGAUGAAAACGCCUCGAUAACAACAAACAUCUCUUCUCUCAAUAAACUGCCACUUUCUUUGAUUUCUGCCCCCUUUUCUGGAACAUUUGGAAAACAUUCAACUACACAAAUAUAUAUUCCAGUGACUAAUGCAAAUACAUCCCUCACAGUCAUAAUAUCUCCAGCUUUUAACACCAUGUUACCUGUUCGAACUCUGACCUACAAUGACAGCAAUCAGACCAAGCUAAAUGGAGAUAUAGCUAUGAUUGAGACAAACUCGACAAUUAACAACAUCUCCCUCUCUUUUGAUGUCAUAAAUAAUAAACUGGGGAAACCUCAGUGUGUCUUUUGGAACUUUAGUCUUCUGAAUGGUGUUGGUGCAUGGGACUCAACUGGAUGUCAGUUAAAGCUAUUAGGGAAUGAAAGUGAAAAAUAUACAUGUGAGUGCAAUCACACAACCUCUUUUUCAAUGUUGAUGUCACCAUUUACCCCGGAUAAAAUCCAAGCCAUAAUCUUAGACUAUAUAACCUACAUCGGGGUUGCCGUUUCAAUGGCAAGCUUGGUUUUGUGCCUCAUCAUUGAAAUCAUCAUAUGGAAAUUAGUGACACGAAAUGACACAUCCUACAUGCGCCAUGUCUCCAUAGUCAACAUCGCUAUCUCCCUUCUGAUUGCGAACAUAUGCUUCAUCAUUGGAGCAGCUGUUGUUAAACAAGAGGGUCCCUGCAGUACAGCAACCUUCUUCAUGCACUUCUUUUAUCUUGCCCUUUUCUUCUGGAUGUUGCUGUCAGCACUCUUGCUCCUCUACCGCACCCUCAUGGUCUUUUCCAGAAUGACCAGAGGAGCAAUGAUGGGCAUAGGCUUCACUGUCGGCUAUGGAGCCCCGUUAAUCAUUGCUGUCGUUACAGUGGCAUCGACAGCUGGAAGGAAAGGAUACAUUCAACAAGAUUACAACUGUUGGCUGAACUGGAGCCAAACGAAGGCCCUCCUGGCAUUUGUAAUUCCUGCUCUGACGAUUGUAGCUAUAAACUUCCUGGUGCUUAUUGUGGUUCUCUUUAAAAUGUUGAGAAGAGGAGCUAAUGCCUCCACUCAGCCAGAUGAGAAACAUCCCCUAGCGGUCAUUGCUAGAUGUGUGGCAAUUUUAACACCUCUCUUUGGUCUAACAUGGGGAUUCGGCAUUGGGACCAUGUUGUCAAACAAUUUUGGGAUUCAUGUGGUGUUUGCAUUAUUUAAUUCACUGCAGGGUUUCUUUAUUUUGGUGUUCGGAACUUUAAUGGAUAGUAAGGUCCGAGAAGCAUUGGCAGGAAGGUUUUCACUGAAGAGCUUAAGUUCGGGCCAGACCAGGAGUACGAGUGGAGGACCAACAUCCUCAAGUGGAUUUCCUUUCUUUCAAAGAAGGCAGAGAAAUGUGUACAAUGUAUCAAACAACAUGGCUUCAAGCAACUCAGAUACAGCUUAUUGACAACUAAACUAAAACACCCUUGUUGUAAGGGUCCAUUUAACCGCAAACAUCAAACAUUAUAAAGUAAUCUGGACCUCUGCCUCAAACAAGUCUAGUCCUUCUUGUUCGGGUUUUAGAAAUAUAUUCUGCUAUGACCUUGUUUAAAAUUCUGUAAGUUUAUCAGCUGGUUAGAAAGAUAUUUCCAUACAAAUCUCCCAAAAAGAUGGACAGAAAACCCCCAAACAUACAGUUUUUUACAUAUCUAAAAAUAAUAUCAAAAAAGUCUUCUUAUUUUGUCUUCAUUAUUUGAUUUUGAACUAAAAAAUGAUCAGAUAUUUUAUUCCUUAUUCCCCCAAAAUAUGUUUUUGGUAUCCAGUAACAAUGUUCCUAUACUAACUGCUUUGAACUUAAUUCACAUCUUAAACUUAAAUUUUACAUUCUAUUGACUGUUAUUUACCUUGAUUCAUCACAUAAUUACUACUAUUCUAUUUGACAGUUACAAGCACAGAUAUGUAAUAAUUGCCAGAAUGUACCAAACACUGAGGUCCUGAACAAGGUCACCUGUUUUCAAAAUGGCAGGAAAAUAGCAAAAAGUAACAGACUGGACCUAUACAGAUAUAUGCAAUAUGUUAAUGUGAAAUGGAUUUUAAUGAGUCAGUAAGGGAAACAACUGUUGUUGCUGAGAAUUGUGAUUAGAGUAACUUGCCAGCAUUAUGUGCCCAUUUACAAACAUUUUUUAUUACAUACUGUCAUGGCCAGGUCAUGGCCACUCCAUCAUCUCACCUGAACUUCUACAACCAAAGCACCAUUUUAUUUGUUUUAAAUUUUGUGUCUUGGAUGACAUUUUGGUUGCAUGUCUUUCUACAUUCUUGGACCCUGUGUUUUUAAUAACCUGUCAAGUUUGGAAUUGGGACUGGAUUUUUUUUCCUGGUGUGUGAUUUAAAUAAAUACAUCUCAACAAAUUAUUAUUUACAUUAGGUUUAAUCAACCUAGUUUUGGUUCAGGUUUACACACUAAGCAUCUCACACACAUUAAGCAAGUGUUUCUUAUUGUUGUGUAAAUAUUAAUUACCUACCCUGUUUUUCUCAUCAUUUUCCUGCUUCUCAAUGAAUGUCGUGUUUCGACAUCAUCUACUGAUAUUAUCUACUGAUUUGUCAAACUCCAAAAGUUACAUUUACACACUACCUUACACUACAAGAAACUGCAUACAUGUCUUGCAUUGUUUCAGUUAAAUACAUUUGUUUUAAAAACUACACUCUAUGGUGGUAUGUGGACACUGUCUCUUUGCACCUAAAAGUGCUUGUUCAACCUCACAGCCUAUACACAUGGGCAUUAAUACACGUAGAAUUGAGGUAAGGCCACUCAAGUUGCACACCAAUCCUGGCAAACCAUGCUUUUUAUUGAUCUUAAAAUGCACACCAGGGCAUUGACAGUGCUCAUUCAGAUGCAAAACCCAAGUGUAUAUACUCAGCAUAUCAGCAUAGCCGGGGUCAGAACAGGAAGGCAACAUCUGUCAGGAGCUACUAGGGUAGUUCCCAGCCAGACCACCAGAGGGGGUGCUGGCAAGAAAUUAAUUCAUUUAUAGCCUGCAUUUUGUUUGCAUAGUCCCCACAUGUGUUGAGCCACACCUUUCCUAUUGCUCUGCUUUCCCACUGUAUCACCUGUUUCCCAUUUACCCUGAAGUUUUGUCUUAUUUAUACCAGCCCUUUUGUUUUUUGUUUGUUGUUCAGUCAGACACUGUUAUGUUUCAAGGUUCCCAUAUAAUUAUGUUUUGUUAAUCACCUUUUAUUUGU